GCACACGCACGACAACAGACACGACAUAUCAACAUCACCUUCAGGAUCAGCCGUGGGUGGCUUCUCAAUACCCAUCACCAUUUAAAUCAGUAUUUGGAAGGUUUGUGGGGAUGGCACGCGAUUUUAUGAUGCUCUGCUAACUCCAUGUUUCUGCAGAGUGACGGUUUGUGACCCGACCUCAUAGUAGUCUCAUCAGGGAUCGCCGUAGCGGGGAGAAAACUUUCCUCCACACCCUUUCCGUUGACCACCUUCCACAACCCUUAUUGGUGCAAAAAAGUUCUUUCUGAUUUCCUAAAAGGCAAACUGGCUUCCAAUUAUUGCCACAUCCCGAGUCGCUCCUACGCUCCUUACUUGACUCCACCCCUCCAAUCCACUCCAUUACUCUCUCCCUCCGGCUCUCUCUCCGGCUCUCCCUCUUGUUCCCCCUCCCGCUCGCCUUGUGCAAGAAAAAACACUCCACAGGUAGAAGACAAAGCAGAAAUUCUGAACAUUCCCCCAAAAGCUCGGAUGGAAUCCUCCGACAUACACGGAAACAUCCUUCAAACCAUUGAGAUGGUAACGAACCUCGACAUGCCUACACAAAAGAUGAUACCAUACCUCCGCACUCUCCUUGAAUACCACCUCUACCGUGCCAGGGCAUACGGUCCCUUAGACAAAUGUCUACAAUUCAUGCACGACCAGAUGGAUAAGUCGGCCCGCGAACACGAAAUCCAUGCCAGCAGUUCCCGAACCCGUCUCGCCCAGCGCCUUGCACUAGAGUCAGUCCUCGUUACUCAUAUAGGGCACGGCGACGCUGCAUCGGCUGUCCUGUUGAGGUUUGCUGGGCGGAACACGACAGAAAACUUAAUUGAUUGGGAUACGUUUGAGCUGACCCGCAUGAGGAAGAAGAUUGCUCGCGCCACCGUGCAUGACGCGGAAGAGAGGUUGAAGGCAGUCUCCGCAUUGCGCAGUGAAAAGGCUGAAUAUGUGGAGCCUGGUCUGUGGGCUCUGGAACUGAUCAAGGCAAAAGUAGAGGAUCAGAUGGGAAAAUAUAGGGUACUAGAGGCGGACAAGAGGUUGAGAUUGAGGGUGUUAAGUCCUAACUCGAAGAAGUGGAGCCAGGAAGCCAAGAAACAUUUUCUGGAUAUGGUGGAGAAAGGUUUAGGUAUUUCAUCCUCCCCUGGUUAUUCUAUGCCCCUCUAGUUCUUGAGAAUGAAAAGUUAGUUGGUGUGAGCCGCUGUUAACGACUAUUACUUUUAUAUUUCCUUGUCAUGUGCUCCAGUUCCAAGACACACCCCUACUUACCCCCUUGUCAAAAUGUAGUCAUGGAAGGGAGCAGACGGAGCAUUAGAUGAAUUGACUUCCUUACUUUAUGUUAGCGGUUGCAUCUCAUGUGGAAACUACUUUUUCUCUAUUAAGCUCUCUCUGUAGACAUUUUCUGGCAAUUGAUCCAAAUUUCUAAUGAUUCUUCUGAUUUUCCCUACUCUCUUCUCUCACACCUCCUUUCCCUGCAGACCCCAUGGGGAUGCGGAAAAAUACCUGGCGGGUCUUUAACACGACUCUCACAAAUUCUGUCUAUUCCCAGUCUUCUUACGUAAUAUUCCAACUCUUCCCUCCGGCUCCUUUCUUAUGUCGGGCAUGC